CUUACGUCACCAGAAGGGGAUAAACACAGCUCUCUGAUGUUUUGCUGAUAAAACGACUGGGAAAUGCAUUAUUUAGGACAGAUUCUCUAAUAUAUUAGUUAUGCAGAUGUAACAUUGCAGAUGUGAAGGUUUUAUAUCUUAUACGUAUUGUUGGGUAUAUUUGCUUUAUUUGUUAUUUAUUUGAUUCGGGACGCUGCAUUGAUAGCGGUCAGCUUUAGUCUUGUGAUAGGUUCAAUAAGGAAGUUAUUUGCUCUCUGAAAUGUAUUCCUGCUAUUCUGUUUUAUGUCCAUAUAACUUAAAUACAUAACAGACAUAUACGACCAAAUACACGUUAUAGCAUCUUUGUUAGCCAUGGCUUCUUCGUUUAAAAUUGGAGAGAGAUUUCAUGAGAAGGUGAAAGGUUUAUUGGAGGGAGAGUCUUCCAUAUCUUCAGAUCUCAAGGAAGAACUGGAGGCUGUGAAAGAGCAGUCCAUACCAUUCAAGACUGUGAGAAAACUCCACAAACUUCUUCAAGAAAAUGGACAUCCAGUGUACCUUCAUGGACUUUUUGAGGACAGCACACUUUAUCUUCCAGAGGUCAUAACACCCCCAAGGAACCCCCAGCUGGUGGCCCGUCUAGAAAAAAUUAAAGCAAAACUUGCCAAUGAAGAAUAUAGGAGAAUUACACGGAAUGUAAAUCCACAGGAAAUAAAUCAGAAUGGAACCUUAGCAGACUUUGGAAGACAAGUGCGUUCUGUCAAGGCAGUUGUCGUUACCGUAUUCAACUUCCUGGUUACUGUAGUUGCUGCAUUUGCUUGUUCAUAUCUGGGCAGCCAGUAUAUCUUCACAGAGACAGCUGCGAGAGUAAUAGCUGCAGUAAUUGCAGCUUCAGUUGUUGGUCUAGCAGAGCUUUAUGUUCUAGUUCGGACUAUGGAGGGAGACCUUGGAGAGCCCUAACACCUGAUAGCAACUAAUUUGAUCAAACUUAUCCAUGUCUUGUUAUGUCUG